AUUCCAUAUUUGUUCACAUUCGUCCAUCAAAAUUGAACAAAAGUUUUUGUUUUUUUUACAAUCAUACACUUAAAAAAAAUCCUUUAAUAGAGGCUUUAGCCCUACUGUAAACGUUAAGAUUUGAACACUUCUUGUGCCUUUUUGAGUUCAUCUCAACAUUCCUUUCUAAUAAUAUUUAUGUUGUGACUUAAAAUAAUACUGUAACAUCAUGUGAUGAGGAACCUGAUUCACCAGACCGGAGUGAGAGAAGGAGAACUGAUAUCAGUCCAGUGGUCCUGGGCUCAGGAAGACCCUCUUCUGCCUUUCUCUGAACACCUGGACCUCGAGCACAAGGUGCGGCUGAAGUGGGGAUUUGAUGAGAUCCAGGGCUCUAUCUUGUUCGAGCUCACGGUCAACACCAGCGGCUGGGUCAGUUUUGGCUUCAGCCCCAAAGGAGGAAUGACUGGAGCCGAUAUCGUCAUCGGAGGAGUUGGACCUAAAGGCAGUUACUUCACGGAUCGUCAUGCUGUGGGGAAUUCAAUGCCUGUGGUUGACCAGCAACAGAACUACAAACUCCUGUCUCUGACCGAGUCUGAUGGGAAAACAGUCAUGAAGUUUCAGAGGUCCAUCAAGGCUUGUGAUGAAAACGACUUAAUCAUCACUAAUCUCCCCAUGAAGCUGAUCUAUGCGUACGGACAGACGGAUGAAAUCGAAUACCACAGCACCCGAAGAGGCACAAAGGAGCUGAACCUGUUGAAGUACAUGCCUCGGGUCAACCCUCCAAACAGCAAGUAUUUCGACAUGACUAUGAUCAAUUUCACUGUACCAGCCAACCAAACCCACUACCACUGCAAGAUCAUGAAAGCCCCCACAUUUGAUCGCAAACAGCACAUUUAUCGCAUUGAGCCGUUGAUCACAAACUUUGACCUCGUGCAUCAUCUGCUGCUGUACCGCUGCCCUGCGAGCGUGACCGAGGCGUUUGAGGCAGAGUGUUACACAUCGUUAAGAACCAACUUGUGUAUGGAGACCGUGGCUGUGUGGGGAGUUGGUGGAGGGGCUUUUGAAUUUCCUGAAGUGGCAGGGCUUCCAAUUGGAGGACAUGUUAGUGAUUUUUUCUACAGGCUUGAAGUGCAUUACAACAAUGCUAAUAAAAGUAGAGGUCGAGUUGAUAACUCAGGUCUGCGAUUCUAUUACACAUCUGAACUCCGUCAGCACGACGCAGCUGUUUUGGGGACAGGGCUUGUCGUAGCUCCUUGGUACGCCAUCCCACCCAAAGCCAAAUCCUUCCUCACGUACGGCCUGUGUGACACUGCUUAUAUUCCAACGGUUCUGGAGACGCCACAUGAUCUUCAGGUGUUCUCUGUGAUGCUGCACACACACUUAGCUGGGCGGAAGGUGCGAGUCGGACACUUCAGAGGGGAAAAACAGAUUGAUUUCUUAGCUGCGGAUGAAAACUAUGAUUUUGCAUACCAGGAUGUGACAAACUUGGGCAAAACUAAGACAGUGAAGUUGGGUGACAAAUUGCUGGUGGAGUGCACUUAUAACACUGAAAACCGCAGCACACUCACAUGGGGGGGGCUCUCAACUUCAGAUGAGAUGUGUUUGGCCUUCCUCUUCUACUAUCCAGCAAUGAAUCUGAGCGGCUGCAUGAGCUUCCCCAAUACAACUACUUUAAGAUCUGAGAUGGGAACGCCAGGUCUAAAUACUUGGCUCAAUAUGAUGUCCACGAAGACUUGGAAUGACACAUCUAUCAAUCAAUACCAACAAACACUGAAGAGAAUCGACCAGCUCGUCAUAAUUGUGGAUUCAUUUAAAAACACAUCACGCAACACAGGGCUGAUUCCUAACCUCAGUGUCAUCCCGUCUGCACCCUGCAUCAGCGGUUGUAACACCAAAAAUCUUGCUUGGCUAUUGCUGCUCCUCUGUUUGUUAGUGCAGUUCAUGCAAAAAUACUACUGAUGUAACCUAUUGUUCUAUUCAUGUCAAAGAUUAAGUCAAUCAAUCUAGAUUAGGAGCUCCUGGCAGCUCCACCCUCAAAGGUAUAGUAGUUUCGAUAACCAAAAAUACUACAAAAUAGCCAAUACGUUACUGUAAUUACAAAUCAUAUCAGGGAAAUGAGGGAAAGGAAUAUGAAUAAGUGCUAAAUAAUUCAAUACGAGUAUAUUUUUCUCUAACAUCCUCUUCACUGCACAUUAAAUGAACACGUUAAAACUACUCUGACAAACAUUUAAAAAAAACCUAACAUUUAAACUGACAUACAUUGAAAAUAAAGCCAAAACAAUGGUUGUUUUCCAUUUUUGCUGAUGAUUAAUUAUUUUAUGUUUAAUUAAUGUUUUGUAUUGAUUAAUUAAGAAAUGUAUAACAAAUAUUCAGUGGCUUAAAAACUUUAAAAUAAAACAUUCAAUUGCUUGAUUUGA